GGUCGGGCUUUGGCGGACCGCCAGCGAGCGCUAAACACGGAUUACUCCUUGCACUUAACAGCCAUGUCGUCUCCUUCCAAACCACUCAAUAUCGGCAGCCCAGGUCGUCGCAGCGAUCAGCAGACGCCUGUAGGCACCCCCAACAUGCGCGUUCUCCGCGAGCAGUACGGAGGCACGCCGCCCUUACCCAAUGUCCCUCCGCGAACAGGGUCCAUCUCCGCAUCCCCAGCGAAUCGCCCGAUAAACCUUCUGCCUCCAUCCGACAGCCAGGGAGGCUCGCGCCGUGGGUCCCAGGUCGUAGGAGGCAUAUCGGCCGGCGCGCGCAGCUUCGGAGACCGGUCCACGGGGAGCGGUACUUCUACACCUUCAGGCCACGUACCGGAGAUCGAGGACCUCCCAGUCGAGGAGAAGGCGAAGGUCCUGCGGCGCCACCUCGUUUCGCGCGAAGAGCGCCUGCGCGGCGCGGACUCUGAAGCCCCCUCCGGCUCAGCCACCCCUACCCUCAAGAAGCCAUCGCACAGCUCACUCCGCUCGAGCGGCCAGGACACGUCGUCGGAUCAUCAUCAGGAGGAGUCGGACGCGUUCCCCAUCUCGUACGAGACCCCGGGUGCGGACAUAACGCAUAGCAUCUACAAGUGGCAUCACAAGGCCGCGAGGCCAAGGGAGCGCGCUAUCUCCUUCACCGGACCAUCCACGAGCAACACCGUCGAUCCCACCUUUGAACACAUCCACGAGCCUGGCGGCUUCCGGCGGAAUUUCCUGAAGCUCAAGGCGAGCGAGCAGGGCGUCGACCAUCCCACCUUCGUCAACAACUUCAUCGACUUCUUGUUCAUCUUUGGACACUUUGCUGGUGAAGAUCUCGAGGAGGAAGAGGAGGUCAAGUCGGAGGACGAGGACGUAGAGCAGCAGUUCACUGUACCCGUCGACGGCCAUGUUCCCUCCACUGGCUUCGACGCCGACGAGAACACGCCCCUCGUGAGGAAACCUCGGGGAGCAACCCGCUCAGCAUCAAGACGUAGACGAACGGCGACCAGCACUGGCCCUCACGGCAAUGCGACGGUGACGCAGGCAGUCAUGAUGCUGUUGAAAGCUUUCAUUGGCACCGGUAUCUUGUUCUUGGGUCGAGGCUUCUACAAUGGUGGUCUACUGUUCUCUGCUGGGCUCUUCGUCGCUAUCGCAAUGGUGUCCUUAUACACGUUCCUCCUUCUCGUGCAUACGAAAUACGAAGUAUCCGGUAGUUUCGGAGACAUCGGCGGCAAGCUCUACGGCAACUGGAUGCGCUACCUCAUCCUUGGCUCCAUCGUUAUCUCGCAACUGGGCUUCGUCUCCGCGUACAUCAUCUUCGUUGCGCAGAACCUGCAAGCCUUCGUCAUGGGCGUCACCAAGUGCGCGACGCACCUUCCCAUGGCGGCCACGAUCGGCAUCCAGGUCCUGGUCUUCCUUCCGUUGGUCCUCAUUCGUGACCUAGCGAAGCUCAGCACGACUGCUCUGGUGGCGGAUGCGUUCAUUUUGUUCGGCCUCAUCUACAUCUUCGGGACGGAGAUCAGCAUCGUCGCGGAACGUGGUGUCGCGCAGGUGCAGGCGUUCAACUACAACAGCUUCUCUCUGUUCGUUGGGACGGCCGUGUUCUCCUUUGAGGGUAUCGGUCUGGUCAUUCCUAUCACGGACGCAAUGAAGGAGCCUCGCAAGUUCCCCAAGGCGAUCACGGGUGUCAUGUUCUUCCUCACCGUCCUCUUCGGCGGUGCCGGUGCGCUCGGCUAUCUCACCUUCGGCUCUGAGAUUCAGACCAACGUCCUGGUCAACUUCGACACCUCGAGCAAGAUCGUGCAGACGGUACAAUUCCUCUACGCCAUGGCCAUCCUUCUCUCCGUCCCGCUCCAAAUCUUCCCCGCUACGCGUAUCCUCGAGAAUGGUCUCUUCGUCCGCUCCGGCAAGCAGAAUAACUUUGUCAAGUGGCAGAAGAACUUCCUCCGGUUCUUCGUUGUGUUCUUCUGCGCCCUGAUCUCGUGGCUCGGGGCGAACGACCUCGACAAGUUUGUCGCGUUCAUCGGGUGCUUUGCUUGUGUGCCACUGUGCUACGUCUACCCGGCGAUGCUUCAUUACAAGGCUGCUGCGUUCACCCGGAAACAGAAGAUUGCGGAUAUCGCGAUGAUGGUCUUUGGGAUCAUCGCGUGCGUGUUCACGACGGCGCAGACGUUGAAGUUGAUGUUCACUCCGGAACCCGAGGGCGCGCCCAUCUACAAGUGCUAGACGAUAUAGACCCACUCCGCAUCUAGGGACGAUUGCUUGCAUUUCGAGGUAGAGGUACGCGUGCGCUUCUGAGUAUGGAAAUCGGACCGCGGAAUCAUUGCAUCACUACCUUCGCUUAGUAUAUCUAUUCAUCAUCUAGCAUACACACGUCUUGCAUCGGCACUGUAGUCCAUUACAUGGUCAGUGCGGUCUCUUCCAAGGGCACCGCAGACCCCGGCAUAUGCAUGUAUUUCACAAUUGCAACAGCAGCAGCAGUCACCUUGGAGAUAGCACAGCAUUGCAAUACAUCUCAUUAGUUUA